AGUAGAGAGGCUGCGGGAGUCUGGCGGUGAGAGAUCCAGUCGUGCUCCGGUUGAGGGAGGUGACUCUUCCCGGGCAAAGGGGGGCGGAGGAGGGAGAGACCCGCGCCCGGCUCUCCUCCGCCUUCAACCCCGGAUCCCAUGCACCCCAGCCGCCCUCUCCAUGCAGGGGGAAGCGGGGAUGCCACGAAGGCGCCGGGGCCCCAUUCCCGCCCCGUGCCCGGGGAAGAGCCUCUAGUUGGGGGGAGCGGAGGGUCGGCCUUGCGGAGGCCCAGUAGGAGAAGAGAAAAGCUGGGCGAGAUGGAGGCAGGAUUCGCACCCGGCUCCCCGAGGGCCCGAUCCUGUCUCCGGAGGGGGAGAGAAGCUGGGAGGCCUCUUCAGCUGCCUUCUUCCCGGCCCUGCUCGGGGGGGGACCUCGACCCUGCGCUAGGAUGAGCCACUUGGGGCUCCGGGCAGGUUAGGUCAAGGUUGCUCAGUGGCUUAAUUCCACUUUCAAACAAUUUGCAGGGAUCCGUUGUGCAGUCCCAGAAAUGGUCCUGUGAAGGAAAAGGCAUCUGGAGAUCCAUAAGGGUCCUUGGACCCACUUGGAGUUGCUCUGCAGAAAAGAGGAAGGAUGGAGACACAAUCUUUUGCAAAGGAAGGAAGCAGAAAAGGCCUUUCAGCUGUUCAGCCUGCGAAGGGUGGGGAGAUUUGGACCAGAACUGGGCAGAAGAUCCUGGAAGAAGAAACCAUCCUCCCUUCAGAAGUUCAGCCCUGGAACUUCAUCCAAUACCAGGAUGCUGAGGGUCCUCGAGGAUUUUGCAGCCGACUCCAUGACUUUAGUAGGCGAUGGCUGGGACCAGAAAAGCACACCAAAGCCCAGAUGCUGGACCUGGUUGUUCUGGAGCAGCUCCUGUUCCAUCUGCCCCCAGAGAUGGAGAACUGGGUGCGGGAGUGUGGAACAGAGACCAGCUCCCAGGCGGUGGCCCUGGCUGAAGGCUUCCUCCUGAGCCAGGCGGACAAGCAGAAGGAGCAGGUACAGUUGCAGGGCUGCACUGUGGAGAUCAGAGAUCCUGAGGGAAAGAAGAACCCAUCAAAUUCCCCUCAGGAGCUAUUUUUCAGGAGGAUCCCUUGGGAAGAUCCAAGUCAGGACACCUCAGGAGACAAACAAAGAAUGAAGUUUUCUGGUUUUUAUGACGGAGAUCAAGUAGCGGUUGAAUCUCCAAAUCAAGGGAAUCUGGUGUCCUUUGAGGAAGUGGCUGUGUAUUUCUCUGAGGAGGAAUGGUCUCAGCUGGAUCCUGACCAAAAAGCGCUACAUUCCGAAGUCAUGCUUGAAAACCAUAGGAACGUGGUCUCUUUGGGUAACAAUGGACAGGAGGAUCAAGAUUCCUGUAAACCAUUCCAAGUGAUGACUGCUAAAGAUGGAAUGGAGAAGUUUGUAAUUCGAGCGGAAUUCGAAAGCCAUGAGAGAAACCAGUCAAAUAAUUGGAAUCAGGAAAUUUCAUCUUCCACUGAUGCUCCUAUGCAAGACUUUCUUGCUGGGCAAGAGAAAAUAAGGAAAAAGUAUAUUGGGAAAAGUGUGAAGCCAAUGAAAGCUAAACUACAAGUAAAAGAAUACUAUUUAAGCCAAAACAAAGCAGAAGAUGCUAUAAGAAGACACAACAGACAAAAUUACGAUGAGACAUUCAUUCCUUUUCUUGGAAAUAAGUUCCUUAUAUCUCAGAAAGUGAUUGACACAAAAGAGAAGCCGUAUAAAUGUUUGGAAUGUGGAACAUGUUUUAGAACAAGAAGGCAACUUACUUCCCAUGAAAGGAUUCAUACUGGGAAGAAGCUCUACAAAUGCAGAGAGCUUGAUACCAUGUUCAGAAGAUGGAGUAAUCUUAUUUCCCAUAAAAUGAUCCACUCAGGAGAGAAACCAUAUAAAUGCACGGAGUGUGGAAAGUCCUUUGCUUACAACAGUAGACUUACUAUCCACAAAAGGUUCCACACAGGCGAGAAGCCAUUUAAAUGCAUGGAAUGUGGAAAGACCUUUGCUCAAAAAUGUACUCUUAUUACCCAUAAGGUGAUCCACACAGGGGAGAAGCGGUAUAAAUGCAUGGAAUGUGGAAAGACCUUUGCUUAUAAUAGUGGACUUACAAUCCACAAAAGGAUCCACACAGGGGAGAAGCCAUAUAAAUGCUUGGAGUGUGGAAAGACCUUUGCUCUGAGCAGUAGACUCACUAUCCACAAAAUGAUCCACACAGGAGAGAAGCCGUAUAAAUGCAUGGAGUGUGGGAAGACCUUUGCUCAAAGUGGUCAUCUAAUUUCCCAUAAGAUGAUCCAUACAGGGGAGAAGCCAUAUAAAUGCACUGAGUGUGGAAAGACCUUUGCUCAGAGCAGUGGACUUAGUUACCACACCAAGAUCCACACAGGGGAGAAGCCGUAUAAAUGCAUGGAGUGUGGAAAGACCUUUGCUCAUAAAAGUGACCUAAGAAUACACAAAAUGAUCCACGCAGGGGAAAAACCAUUUAAAUGCAUGGAGUGUGGAAAGACUUUUGCUCAAAGAAGGAGUUUUAUUUCCCAUAAGAUGAUCCACACAGGGGAGAAGCCAUAUAAAUGCAUCGAGUGUGGAAAGACCUUUGCUCAAAGUGGUCAUCUCAUUUCCCAUAAGAUGAUCCACACAGGAGAGAAGCCGUAUAAAUGCAUGGAGUGUGGAAAGACCUUUGCUCAAAAAUGUACCCUUAUUUCCCAUAAGGUGAUCCACACAGGGGAAAAGCCAUAUAAAUGCAUGGAAUGUGGAAAGACCUUUGCUCGAAGAGGUACUCUUAUUCGACAUAAGAUGAUCCACACAGGGGAGAAGCCAUAUAAAUGCAUGGAAUGUGGAAAGACUUUUGCUCGUGGGAGUUGUGUAAAAAUACACAAACAGAUCCACACAGCAGAGAAGCCAUUUAAAUGCAUGGAAUGUGGAAAGACCUUUGCUAAAAGCAAUGACCUUAAAAUACACAGAAGGAUCCACACAGGGGAGAGGCCGUAUAAAUGCAUGGAAUGUGGAAAGGCCUUUGCUCAGAGCAGUGGACUUAGGUACCACAACAAGACCCACAACACAGGGGAGAAGCCGUAUAAAUGCAUGCAGUGUGGAAAGACCUUUGCUCAGAGCGGUGGACUUAGGUAUCACAACAAGAUUCACACAGGAGAGAAACCAUAUAAAUGCAUGCAUUGUGGAAAGACAUUUGCUCGGAAGUAUGGUCUUACUUGCCACAACAAAAUCCACACAGGAGAGAGGCCAUAUAAAUGCAUGGAAUGUGGAAAGAGCUUUGCUCAGAAUAGUAAUCUUACUUCUCAUAAAAGGAUACAUGCUCGGGAGAAACUAUAUAGCAGUAGCAAUUCCACUUAGACUUAUAUACCACUCCACAGUGAUUUACCACACACUAUGAGCAGUUUACAAAGUCAGCCUAUGGUCCCCAGCAAUCUAUCUAUCUUUACCCAUCUCA